UGUGGAAUCCCGUUGCGUGCAGCUCGUGGAACGUCGAAAAAACCAACCAACCAACAUCUAAGUUUAUAAUCAAAGCCCAUUUGGUGAUCUCCUUAAAGACCCCAACAAAAAAACACACAUAUUAAAAUGGCUUUUAAGUAUCUGAUUUUCGCGUCGGUUUUGUGCCUGGGCAUGGCCUAUCCGGUGGAUCAUCAUUACUACGAGGAGAGUCACGGUGGCUAUGAGCAUUUGGCCCAUCAUGAUGCUCAGCCCAUACACGAUUAUGGACAUGAGCAGCAGCAUCAGAUUGAGCGCAUUUCGCUGGGCGAGGAGCAUGGACAUGAGCAUCCCCACUACGAGGUAGAGGAUCAUCAUCAUCAUGAGGACGAACAUGUUGAUUACUAUGCGCAUCCCAAAUAUGCUUUCAAGUAUGGUGUUAAUGAUUUCCAUACCGGCGAUGUCAAGUCCCAGCACGAGACUCGUGAUGGUGACACUGUCAAGGGACAAUACUCGCUGGUGGAGCCCGAUGGUUCCAUUCGCACAGUUGACUACACCGCCGAUAAGCACAAUGGCUUCAAUGCCGUCGUCCACAAGACGGCGCCAGUGCAUCACCAUGAAGAGAUCCAUGAGCAUCACGAUCACCAUGAACAUCACUACUAAGCACUCAAACCACGCGCUGAACAAGAGACCAUAGCUAUGUUUAACUGUGCACUAGAGUUAGCCAAAUUUGCUAAAGCAACGUCAUCAAUCAAUCAAUCACAUAACACAAGAGAGAACUACGAACGAUCCAUGUAAACGUAAUGUAAUCAGCUUCAUAUCUCGUAAUUAGGACACUGACAACAUCUUGCAUUAUCCAUGCAUUAUAUUUCAUAAUACUCAUAUAUCAUUCUUAUAUCGUAUUUUAUUUCUGUGAUAGCAAAUACUUUCCACUACAACUCUCUAUCUACUAUCAAUUUCAAACUGUAUCUUAGUCAUUAUCUAGCUAGGAUUCAUUCUCUCUAAACACUAGUUCAUUCACUCAGACGAAUUUAUCAAUCUACCAUCUACUUUAACUAUCAUAUAAUAUGUAAAAAUUUGUUACAGAGA